AUGACUGUCUCCGCGCUGCUCUCCUUUUGUCCUCGCCUCCGAGGGGGUAGAUCCACGUCUGGGUCCACCCUCACUCACGAUGCCCACGAUCCACCGGCGAUCGAUCCCCUGGAAAGUGCCCAUCUAGCAAGAGAUAAUAGCCGUGCAUCCUCCUCCUCCGACUCGGUCGAUGCCCCCAGACUCCAUCGCCCCAAUGACUCGUCCAGCGGCCUCUCCAAGAAGCUGCGCAAACGCUUCUCCCGGGAAGGAAAAGGCUCCAUCUUCCCCUUUGCCAGAUCCACCGGCCUCAACGCUGGGCCCAUCGCCUCAGGCGACGUGGGGAGCAGCCUGGUGAGCGAAAGAGGAUAUGAUAGUGACGCUCAAUUCAUAUCCACCCCAAAACAGCCCAAGCACAUUCCCGACCACCCCUCAACCGGCCUGGGCGAGAACGGCGCGCCACACCACCAGGGAAAGAGCGAGCCGCUGGGCGUUCUGGUGGAAGAGCACAGCCGGACUGAAAGCGAGAAUUCGGCGAUCUUCCCCAGGAACGGCGACAGAACGAAAUCUUUCUUGUCCUGGGGACAUGGACGCUUGCAAUGUUCCCCCAAGUUAGACCGGGUUGAUCUCGAUCGACUCCCAUCGAGUGUAGUUGAUCCUUUGCAAAGCCCAGGGCCCAGUGACAAUGGUGCCGCAAUAGCGGAGAACGAUUUGCCCAUGCCCAAUGUACGUCAUUCGCGACUGCAGACUGACAUUCCCAGCGCCUCGCUGCCGCUGGGCCCCAACAGCGGCCGUCUAUACUCGUCAGUCCCCUGUCGCGGGCAUCCCCACCUAGUCUCCCCCGUGCCUCGGGGCUACAGGGUAUCCACCGACUCCUCGAGAGGAACCCCGGAUAUUGUGAUCCCCAGAACGCGAGGACGGCUUUCGGCGCAGCUGGUUGGGCCUGCCAGUUCGCCUCAUCUGCAGGACAUGAAUAUCCCACACAUGCUGGCGACGACCUCCAUCUCUUCCCCGCUUCGGUCCAAAGCCCAGUCGCUGGAUGACGGGAUGAUGGACAACAAUGAAGGCCCCAGGCGCCUGUCUCCUCCAUCCGGCACGCGGCAAGAGCGGGGACAGCUAGAGGUCCGAGUUAUUCGCAUGGACACCCCGUCAAGUUUUUCAACGGCCACCAAUUACUCUGAUGGCGGAGCGAGUGCUUCCCAAGGCAAAUUUACGGAGCAUUUUGAGUUGAACCCGUCGACAAUAUCCCUCAGGUCAGAUUGUCAGAGUGAAGUGGGCUCUUCUUGCAGUGUCAGUGUCGGAUGGUUAUCGGAGGGACGUCGCAUGGGAUAUGGAUAUGCGUUGGUUCCUUCUCCCAACGACGAGCCAUCCCAAGGCGGCAGUAUAGAGCCUAUGACCGGUGAAGCGGACUCAUCUCAUCAAGGGGCAGUUGGGAACCUAUCCUCCGUCUCAGUUGGCAGAGAUAAUUCGGGCGAGAGUGUGCGGACAUCUUCGAAAACAGCGUCGUCGAGUCUCGGUGUUCCAGGCUUCGCCCGUCGCUGGAGCCCCCGCAACCGGCCUGGAAUCCCGUGCUAUAAGCCAACCAGUAUUCAUAGCACAAGCGGGGAUGCCCCUUCCCUGUGGGAAAGAAUAUCGCACUGGAGGGGGAACCAGGACACCCGGGAGGCCGUGGAGGCAGACUUGAUACCCCCCUGGGCUCACUUUUGCGGCGUUGGUCCAGCAAGCCCGGCAUCGCAGAACCAACAGAGAACCGCAUCUGCCACUACCAAGGACACCGAAGGGGCCCCGUCAAAGCGGCAAGUGAGACUCCGUCGCGCCAAAAGUCUCUGGGCCAAAAGGCGCGGGGUGACCGAACGGACCUCUAGUCUGGACGCAAAAGCGCCCAUCCGGAAGAGUUCGAAAGAGACAUAUCCCGUUGUCCGGAGACGCGCUUUACGGGGGAUUCGGUUCAAAGUCCGGGCUCGCAAGGGGCGUCGUAGCACAGACGAGAGUGACAAUGUUCCAAUCAUCCCGGCCAGAACUUCUGGGGACACUGGAGUCUCGCAGGUGUCGCACGAAAUGACCACGCUGGGACCCGGCCAGGGCGAGUGGCAGGAGCGCCUCAGCGACGAAACCGUGGUGAGCGAAUGGGAUGCGUACCAGGACUGUGUCGAAACGCAGUGACCAGAUAAACUUGGAGAUGGAGAGCAG